UGAAAACAAAUGUUAAAACGAUUGUUUUAGCUACAUGGUGCUUAUUUCGACGCAGACACCGACCAAAGUUUGUGAAAAAUUUAGAAAAAAAAACGCUCAACUGUUAAAAAGUCUGUUCGGAAUUAACUUUAGUAUAAAUAAUGAAUUCUCGCACUUGUUUGCUGCUUGCAGUGUUUGCCAUUUUGCAACAAUGUUAUUCGUUGCUUGAUUUGAGCGAAAAAAGCCAACCAAGCAAGGCUGAAAGAACAGCUGCAGAAGCUAUUAAUAAACUGCUUCAGGAAAAAAUGGCUUCAAAGUUUAAAGAAGCUGCAAACGAAGUUAAAGGUGCUCUUGUCAAGCAUUUAGGUGACAGUUUGAAGAGUGCACAUAAAAAAAUGAUACAGAAAAAAAAAAAGAAAACAAAUAAGAAAACAAUUAAAAAACAAUUUAAAAGCGAUCAAGUAGCGAAGGCAAACAAAGUUUUACCUCUAUCUCACGAUACACCAAACGCAAAACUUGAUACAGGUAUACAAACGCAUGCACUCACUUCGCCUUGUCAUUUGGAAUGCAGAUCAAAAUUUUUGUCACAUUCAGUUAAAUGUCGUAAAUGCAAAGCUCACGUUGAAUCCAAAUCAAAGCUAGGAGCAGCCAUCCAUCAAAACACAGGGCCACGCAACAGAAAAAACCUUUCUACUGUGAAGCAAGCACCCACUGAAGUAACCCACAAUGUUCCCGCUUCAACCAACUAUGAUUCAAAUUCAGGAAACCAAAUUCAGCAACAAUCUGCUCAGCUGUCACCUUUACCAGUACAAAACUAUCAGUAUCAACACCCAGCACAACUUCAAAUGCAGCAAACAAACAACCAAGUUGUUUCAGCAGGAAUACCUCCAAUGGGACCCAGCGUAGCUUGCAAUCCUGUACCUACUACUUGCACUGGAAAUGACUGCAUGUCGUCAAACCCGUGUGCUGAUGUAUUUUCUCGUUUGGGUCCGUCAACAUCUUGCCCUCCAACAUGUGGGCUAGACUGUUUUGGAUAUUGUCCUACGGCUUGUUGUCGUCAUAAGAAAAAGACCAAUAUCCCGAAAAUUGUUGAAAACAAAACAAAAGAGUAACGCAAUACUUUUGGUAGUAAAGAAACAAUAUAAAAA